AACUUCCCGAUUCCAAAUCAAGUGAUCGGAUAAAAUUAGUUUAAUAAUUGGAGUAUCCUCUUUAAAUAAGUCAAUCCUCAGAUCUAUCUGUUGGUUUCUAGACCUAGAGAGAGAAAAGCAUUAUCACCUCCAUAAAUCACAAGACAAAUGGCAGCCAAACACAUCCUCUCCAGUUCACUCAUCCUCCUAUCCCUCUUCAUUUUUGGUCUAUCUUCAGUCACCGCUGAUGACUACGACUGUGUAUACACAGUAUAUGUUAGAACAAGCAAGGCCAUCAGAGGAGGAACAGAUGCUAAUAUCAGCGCUAUAUUCUACGACGAUACAGGCAGCGGUAUACUAAUCAAAAACCUUGAGGCCUGGGGCGGGCUCAUGGGCCAGGACCACGACUACUUCGAGCGAGGCAACUUGGACAUCUUCUCGGGCCGAGGCCCAUGCCUCAGCGGGCCCAUUUGCUCAAUGGUGCUUACCUCCGAUGGAUCCGUCGGGCACCACGGUACGGCUGACUGGUACUGUAACUACGUCGAGGUCACCACCACUGGGCCCCACGCCCAGUGUGCUCAGCAGUUGUUCACCGUUGAACAAUGGCUUUCUCCUCCUGACCAGCUCUCUGCUGUUAUUGACAAUUGUAAAAAUACUCAUGGUCUCAAACGACGUCGUCCCACCAAUGCACUUCUUCCUGUUGAAACGCUCCUUGCUGCCUCCUCUUCAUCAAUUUAUUGAUUAAUUACUCCGUGUAUUUUAUCAUUAAAGUUUGAUUAUGCAUUACUGUCCAUUCAAUAAAAAUUUUCUUGUUUGUAUCGUCACUUCAA